AUGAGAGUGAUGUAUGAGCUGUGGUUCGUCAAAAACAAAGUAGAUAUUGUUUUUUCAGGUCACGUCCACGCCUACGAAAGAUCAGAACGGAUAUCAAACAUUGCAUACAAUGUGGUUAAUGGCAUUUGCAGUCCAGUGAGAGAUCAAUCUGCUCCUGUCUAUAUCACCAUUGGUGAUGGAGGAAAUAUUGAAGGACUGGCUACAAAAUUCAGUAUAAUGAGAUUUGAUGUGUUAUAUGGUUUCUGGAGAAUGACUGAGCCUCAGCCUAAGUACUCUGCCUUCAGAGAAGCCAGUUUCGGGCACACGAUACUCUCGAUAAAGAACAGGACGCACACACACUAUGGAUGGCAUAGGAACCAGGAUAGUUACACCGUGGAGGCUGACACCAUGUGGUUUUACAACCGAUUCUGGCAUCCUAUUAAUGAUUCUCCUUCUUUCCAUUCUUGA